AUCAAUCUGAGAUUGCACCCAAAAAUAUGCGUGGUCGAUUAAUGUCUAUUCAACAAUUUGCUAUCACUCUCGGCACAGCUGUCUCUUACUGGCUGUCUUAUGCUUUUGUCGAUGCUUCUGAAUCAACAGGUUGGCGAUUAACAUUGGGUCUUCAACUUGUACCUGCCUUUAUUUGUCUUAUAGGCUUACUUUUGUUUAUACCGCAGAGUCCACGCCAUUCGAUUGACAAAAACUAUCCAGCAGAAGCACUUGAAACACUGUCAAAAAUCAGAGGUGAUGGCACCAAGACACACACAGCUGUCUUGAUGGAAUUCACUGAAAUGAAGCAGAACAUUUCGUUCGAACACAAACUGUUCAAAGACCAUAAAUAUAAACGAAUUUUUUCUAAUGGACCCGAGCAUAAUCUAAAGCGACUUUUACUCGGAAUGGCUGUACAGAUCUUUCAACAAUUUACGGGCGUCAAUGCGUUAUUAGUCUAUGCUCCUCAAAUAUUUGAAGCAACCGGUAUUCGAGGAAGAGAUGCUUCCCUUGUUGCUAAUGGACUAAGUGGGUCUAUUAACUUGUUAGCUACUAUUCCUGCCAUGAUAUUUAUUGAUCGAUGGGGAAGACGUCCUACCAUGAUUAUUGGAGCUAUUUUAUGCAGUGUCUGUAUCGGUGUCAUGGCUAUUUUAGCAGGUGUACACAACUAUGCAUUUGCCAGCACAAGUGAAUUUUUGACCACAGCCGAAACAGCUACAGCCAACACAGGCAAGAGUGGCAACCCUUUAAUUUUGUUAUUUGAUACCAGUGGAUCCACCAUUGCUUUUUUGAUUGUUAUGUAUUUCUGUGUUGCAUUUUACUCAUGCACAUGGGGCACAUUAGGUUGGAUUUACCCCACAGAACUCUAUUCUCAAGGUGUGAGAGCCAAAGCCUUAGGCAUCUCCACUGCUUCCAACUGGUUAUUUACUUAUGCUGUACUCCAGUUGACGCCUAUUAUGCUACAGAACAUUUAUUGGCGAACCUAUGUCUUGUUCUCUGUUGCUUGUUUGAUGAUAGCAGUCAUCGUUCAUUAUGAGUUUCCUGAAACAAACGGAAAAUCACUGGAAGAAGUAGAUCUUAUCUUUAGUGGUAAAUUUGGCUCAUUUGACACAGAUGUGCAUCACCCACAGACAGCUGCUGCUGCCUUGGCUCAAAUGGAGAAAGUGCAGCAAAAGAACAGAGAUUUAUAUCGAUUUCCAUUUACACCUGAAAGAACAGCAUUUACAAAUCAUCAUACAGCUAGAAUACCAUUUUUAACAACAAGGCAUUAUGUUGUUACUACUCCCACACCUCAUUUCUAAUAAUACUUAAUACUAAUAAAUAUCGUUGUAAAUACACCUUUUAUUUAA